AUGCCUCUUACCGUGCUCUCUCGAAGCCAGCUCCGUGAUUUGCUGCAUGCGCUCUCCCGGGACGAGAUCGUGGGCUUGCAGCGAAACCUCGCCGAAGCUCUACGGGAAUACUCCAGUGGAUCUCAAGAUAAGGGCUGUUCAGCGGCAUUCCAACCCCAGCGAACGGCCAUCACUCGUCAGAAUGGCUGCACUACCCUCUUCAUGCCCGCUAGCACCGGUCAGACAAUCGGUAUCAAGAUGAUCUCCCUGCAGGACGGGGGUGAUGCCGGCUGUGCCGUCGAGCGUGACACAGUGGAUGCGCAAGAGAAGGAGCAGAUCACCUCACGGAGACGAGGAUCCUUCCGAAACUCGGUGGCUUCCUUAUCCUCCGACAUGAGUGACCUUUCCGUGGGCUCGGAAGACAAGGAUGACAAAGAUGAGAGUAGCUCAGUCACUCCCUCAACUACCACUGGCAGCUCAAGCACAGACAGCUCGACCCUCCUCACGGGCUGUGUGAACCAACAAAACGUCACUUCGAACAUCUCUAAGACUCUUGGCGCAUGGCCGGGCGCAGGAACUCGUGACACAUCGCCCCGCGGAAGUGUAACCCUUCUCGAUGGCGAAAGUCUGCCUUUCGCCUUGAUCAACGCCCAUGAGCUAACGGCGUUCCGCACGGCCUUGGCGUCACUGAUGAUGUUCAACAAGCGCAAGAAGGUGCGCACGCUCCUCGUAUUCGGAGCCGGCACCCAGGCGUACUGGCACAUCCGCCUGGCGCUGGUGCUCCGCGGGGAGGAUAUUCGCCGAGUAUACAUUGUGAACCGAUCAUUCGACCGGGCUGCCAAGCUUUUGCGUGACAUCUACCUUCCCGAAAACACCGAAUGGCGCCGGGAUGUCAAGUUCUCGGCCGUCAGCAGCGAUUUCGGCGAAUACAGCCGUGUGCUAAAAGAACACGUGCGCAAGGCCGACGCCAUCUUCUGCUGUACCCCAUCACCGGAGCCAUUGUUCCCCGCGGAAUACCUCACCUCUGGCGAAGGCCGUCAAAAGGGUCGUCUGAUUUGUGCGAUCGGAUCAUACAAGGCACACAUGGCGGAGAUUCACCCGGAUAUUCUUCGGGACGAGGUCACUAUCCAGCCUCCCCAUCGCCACUGGCACAAGCACGUCCAACGCAGUGGUGUGAUUGUCGUAGACAGUCUAGACGCGGCACUCAAGGAGGCCGGUGAACUCAUCCAAGCGGGGAUCAGGCCGAAACAGGUGGUGGAGCUCGGUGAGCUCCUGAUGGUGCGCGAUGCUCAACGAAAUGAGGAGACUGUGGAUGAGGAAAAGAGUCUCCGCGAAUGGUCUCAGCGUGGCAAUGUUAUCUACAAAUCCGUUGGGCUGGGCCUCAUGGAUCUUGUUACUGGCGGGGAUUUGGUGCGCUUGGCGCGGGAGCGGAAGCUUGGAACCACAGUGGAGGACUUCUAG